AGAGUGUUGAAAGCCAGAUCACGGUAUACCGAAGGUUUGACGGUGAAUGAGGCAGAAUACCAUGGGUUGUUACUAUGUCUGGAUCAGUUGGAGGAUCUGGAUCCACAGCGUCUGGUGAUCUGCGGAGACUCGAACCUGGUGAUCCGACAAGUGCGAGGAGAAAUUGAUUGUAAGGCGCCAGGUCUGACACUGUUACGUCAGCGAGCCUUGGAUCGACUGCGUAAAUGGCCAGAUCAUGAACUAUUGCACGUCAAGCGAGACUGGAAUGGGAGUGCUGACAGCCUAGCUAGUGCUGCUCUACAACGGCAAUGUGGGAUCGAGAUAGAGUCUGAUGCAGAGAUCCAGGAUCGCAUGACUUUGAAUAGGCUAGAUGAGAUCCUGAUAGUGAAAGUCGAAGAAGAGACCCUACGAUUAUCAGCGGUGACGACCCGAUCUAAGGCUAGAUCGGGGGUACGUGCGGGAUGUGAUCCAGACUCCUUACGAGAGGAAGUCGUGAGGGAGCUACGGAUCGAGCGGAUCCGACAUGCGCAGGACAAGGAGUUGUAG